UGUAAACCUACUGACAACUCGUCAGGACAUACACACUCCAUACUGUAGAUGUCUCCAGAAUCCAUACAUCCAUAGCUCCAUACAGAAACCAUAGAAGAAAACAACCAGGAAAUGUUGCACUACAACAUGAGGAAUGACUGUACUCCUGAGAGAAGCUGAUGGAGCAGCCAGCAACAAACAGGUGUGACUUGACAUGUUUACAAUCAUUCUCAAAUGCUUGAAUCACCUUUGCUCCCAGCAGAUGUGAACCAGUCUUGGAUCUUAGCUCUUGUGUUGAGUUGAAAUGGAAAAGGUGAUCAACUGUUUCAAGAGGAGCCCAGAGGCUGUGGCCAGGCUGAUAUGCUUCCCCUGGGCAGGUGGAGGCUCCAUACACUAUGCACGCUGGGGAAACGUCCUCAACAGCUCCAUAGAAGUGUUUGCUGUCAAACUUCCAGGCAGAGAGAGUCGAGCCAAAGAGCCAUUCUUUGAGAACAUGCAGCAGAUAGUGGACGAGGUUAUCGGUGUGCUGUUACCAGUGCUGAAAGAGAAGCCGUUCGCUCUGUUUGGCCACAGUUUUGGUGCCUUCACCAGUUUCGCUGUGGCAGAUGCUCUGAAGAGACUUCACAACCUUGAACCAAUUCACAUCUUCCUGUCUGGUGCCUCUGCCCCUUUUUCUGAGACACGCAUCAAAGCCCCAAAGAGAAGCGAGUUAUCUGAUGACGAUUUUCUCAAGUGGAUGAUUUCGAUUGGAGGAACUCCUCCUGAGCUGCUGGCGAACCCUGAGGUCCUGAAGCUCUUCCUUCCUGCCCUGAAGGCCGACCUACACGUUGUGGAGAACUACAAGUGCGACAAGCCAGACAAGCCGUUCCUCUCCUGUCCAGUCACGUGUUUCGAUGGAAAGGAUGACAUUCCUCAUGAUUUACAAGCUUGGAAAAGCAUCACAUCGGGAGAUUUCACCAUCAGAAUGCUCAAUGGAUCUCACUUUUACCUGAAGGAUUCUGAAAAUGAAAAGAUCAUAUUAGACUACGUCACGAAGCAGGUGGAAACAGCAGAAAUGGACUAUUUAUAGUGAAAUCACUGAAUAUUGUUUCAUAUGACUUAAAUGCUUUUUUUUUUACUAAUUCAUUGUGUUGGAAAUUAAUUCUGAAUACAUCUCAGAAAUGUGA